AUGGAAGACAAGACAAGACUAACUUCCCCCAGACACGAUGAUAUAACGUACCAAUCGAUAGCUCGUGCCUUCAACCUCCCGCUCGUUCUGCACGAACAGGCCUUCGAACGCAUGCGCCGUCUCUCCAAGCCCCAACAGGCCGGCCCUAACUUCAAUUGGGACACGCCCUCGGACGCCCUGACGGCACGAUUGCGCAUGGUCCAGCUGCCCACGGACAAAACCAUUCCUCUCGAAGACCAGGCUCUCUUCAUCGACGAGGAACUCUGGGUCCCCGUAACCGUGGUCAAUGGGAACGUGUACAUUCUUCCCGGCGUACCAUCUUUAUUCAAACGGUUGCUGGAAGGCCUCAAACCGAUACUGCUGCCUCGCCUGGUUGAUCCGGAGGGGAAAGGAAUGCAUAGGAUACUCAUAUCUACCCCGCUGGUGGAAAGUUCGGUAGCGGCAUAUCUGACUGAUCUUGCGGCGCGGGUCGAACCAAAGGGCGUCAAGGUAGGCAGUUACCCGCGCUGGGGCAAGCGAAGGAAUACCGUUACCCUGGUGGGUGCGGACAGAGAGUACCUGGAAAGCCUUGUGCCGGAGGUCGAGAAGAAUGUUGAGGGUAGGAGGGUACAGAGGGAGGACGAGGAUGAUCCUGAGGACGUAGAGGAGGAGACGACCGGUGGCGCAUCUACAAGAUCACUUAUUGGCUUGCUAAGAGAGGGAGAGAGAGAGAAAAUGGUGCAGGCAUUCAGCUAUUUUAUAUGUAAAAGGGAAAGAGAAACAAAGAAAGCAGCCUGGCAGGAUAUCAAAACACGAAGUAAGACACAAAAUGAGCAGCAAAGGAAAAGAAAAGCAAAGAAAAGAAAAGAAAAGAGAGCAAGAUGGUAUGAAGAUGAGAGAGACAGAGCUGCCUGCGCAUUCUCGUAUAUCACCGUGGUAGAGCAGGUUAGAUAA